AUGCAAAACGAGUUAAGUUUCGAGAACUCCUCGAUAUCUUCACGCAGGUCUGCUGAGAGACAUAAUAUUAGACAUGGUACAAAAUUGAAGCCCAAUGUGUUCGUGGAUCAUGCAGCAAGCCAGUGGACUAGAAGUCGCACGGAAAAAGAAUGGCUUGAGAAGAUCUUUCCAAACGCUGCAGUCUACAAAGGAUACGAUGAGCUCCUAUGGGGCUAUUUCAUCGUGGCAGUUUAUAAGGAACCUGCUACAGGCAAAUUGAGUAGCCUCAUAGUUGAUAAAAUGGGCACAACACAUUUCAAUCCAGUCGACAUAUCGCGCCAGUCGCGCUUCUAUCCCGCUAUAGAGAAUCUCUCCACUCGAAAUCAGGGCUCUAAUGUCAGAAAGUGUGUCGCGGUGUCCCUGCUGCAAAAAUUCGCCGAACUUAAGCCAGAAUCAGUUUCAAAAAUUCAGCCAGAUAUGAAAUAUGACUACGAUCCGACUACUGCAGGCGAUCUAGCCAAUUCUUGCCAACUAGUCGGGUUUUGUUCACCAGGCGACCUGGGCAAGAGUUUGAGCCGUUUGGGGUUCUUACAGGAUCGUUAUAUUCAUUCAGUUUUGCUCGACGUUGUAUAUGAAAACAAUGAAGCGACUAUCGACACCAACAACGAGUUGGUUCUUCAUCUUGGGGAUCAGCUGGAGCAGCUUUUUAAUCCUUUAGCAGAGUAUUCGCCGGAGCAAACAGAGAUUAUUUAUAAGCCGCCGGAAGAUGAGACGGCCCUCGAAAAAGACGAGCAUCUUAUUUCUGCAAUAUGCUCUGAAUUACUUCAAGUGCAAACCAAUUUCACAUUGGCUCUAGUUGAGUUUUUACAGAAGUUCCUCAUACCCCUGCGAAUAGAAGUUUCUAAUGAAGAAAUUAAUGGACUUUCAAUCCCUAAGCUUAACCGCUUAUUUCCCCCCACGAUUGACGAAGUGACACGCAUCAAUUGCAUCUUUUUGGACGCAUUGAAGGCAUCAACCAAACAUGGCUCGCAGGAGGUCUUGAAUGCGUGUAGCAUAACAAUCCCGUAUUUCUAUAAGGCCUAUACAAGGCACGAAGCUGCUACUAAAAACUUUUCAAAAGAUAUCAAGUUGUUUAUGGCCAAAUUUCGAAAUGUCAUACCGAGCAAAGAUGUAUACUCGGAGAUGAAAAUCGAAACAAUCAUUAAGAGUCCACAAGAAAUCAUACUGAAGCUGAAACUUAUUCUUGAUAGACUGUGGUCAAACAAAAAGUGGGAACCCCAAAAUUUAGAGUUAGCUGAGGCUCGGUUUUUUAAAAUUAUUGACAUCAUAAGUUCGUUUGGGACUGCGGAAGAGCCUUCAGCAUCUUAUAACACCAGAGUUUUCACUCCGUCAGGUAAGCUAUUGACGGAGCUGGCGAAAGGCUGGCCCAUGGAACUGCAGUAUAAGUGGCUCAAAAGGAGAGUCGUUGGUGUUUUUGACGUCAUGGAUACGAAUGAUAGUACACAGAAAAACAUUUUGGUCAUUUUUAGCGACUACGUUGUUAUUCUCAACGUGAUUGAUAGCAAAUCUUACUACGAUAGCUACGCAGGUAAGAAACCUCUACUUUCAGAUGUUCUUAUGAACUCACUUAUAAAUGAAGUACCACUCUCGCCCAACGUCCCUAAGCUGCAGGUGACUGAUCAUUUCCACAUUGACCGCGUCGCGGCAACGACCUUUGGGAAGGAUAUGAUUAGGAUCGACUCCUUCGAACCCGAUGAAGCCAAGUCUGUUGCAUUCAAAAUUGUCUCGCUGUCGUCUUCUGCUUCCGAAGUAGCAGACUUGAUUGUCAAAGCAAAAAUUUUAGACAAAGACACUGCAUUCCAUCUUUUUCGCUUCACGGACAACAAGCUCCAAAUUUUUUCCACUGCUCAUGAGAUGAUCGCUUACUCGAUGGAAAACAUGCGGUCGAAAUUCUGUCUCUUUCUCAAUAUUGUUCCUUCUUCGACCUUUAUCACGGACUAUGAUCUUGCGGUCGCAUUUUUUGCAUCUCUUGAUGAAAAGGGUGAUGUAACUAUCACCAAACUCGCCUGUGAUGGUGCGAAGAAAAAGUCUGUAAUCCAGCGGCAAAAUUUAGCACAGUUUUUAGUUGAGGAGUUGACGUCGUUGUAUCCUGAUUAUUAUUCAACAGUCAGAUCUCCCUUCUUCUCUCAGUUGCUAGAAAUAAACGGACAGCUGGUAAAGAAAGUGGGACACCACUUUAAUGAAGAGCCAGACAUAAAGGCUUUAGACCCAAAUACGAAUAGAUCUUCGACAGGGGAUUCCCAGUCGCUGCAUUCCACAUCGCAUUCACUUCGUACGCUCACGACAUUCAGAAGUUCUGUUAGCGAUGUAAGGCAACUUGGCGUUACGAGGAACGAUCAAUCAGUCAAAGCCCGCAACUUAAACCUAAAUCCAAAAGUGCUGAAAGAAAAGCCAAGCAACACGAAAGUGAAAGGCCCAGAGCCCAAGAAGAAGAGGCAGGGUUUCAUUGGGAAGAUUGCCAUCCUUUUUGGAGUAAAGAAAAAAGAAAGAGCAAGCAAAACAAACCCUAGCCGCACAUCGCGCACUAGCGGAACGAAUAAUUCCAUCCCAUCGGUCGCUGAUAACCUUAAUCCCAAAUUUUCAAAGGAAGCAAGCACGCAAAGAUUAAGCUCCGUCGUUCAUAUUCCGCCUUCGGCUAAGACUACUAAAAACAAAAUCCGUGGAACACCCAAGAAUACCGUGUCGAAGACUCAUGAAUCAAAAGCCAUAGAUAUCGGCGACAACGACACCUUGCUGUCUAAAAAUCUAAAACUCACUGAAGGGGACAAACUAUCCUCUUGCUCUUCAGCGAAUAUGAGUGCUAAACGUCUACCUUCGGUCGCAAGUCAAUCGAUCUACUACUUAAGCAAAAGUGAUCGAGAAAGCCAGAUUUUCAACCACGAUUUAUUCGGCGAAGCUAUGGUACCAGAUCCAAAGGGAGAUUCACAGAACGCUCCUACAAUGCAGACGGCUAGGAUCGCAAAGUCUUUACCAACGGAAGAAUGUCAUUCGACAAAUGCAGUGCCAAAUGAAAACGAAUUGGGGCGUCUCAACGUUGAAGCAACUGCUUUUCCCGAAAAGGUGAACUCCAGUCUUGAGGGCAGCUUUGAAGAGCUUGUCUCCACUGUAAGGGAUGUCAACAAAGACAGCAGUACCCAGCGGCAAAAAUAUGAGCCAAAACCUGGUAUAUUUCCUGACAUUAAAAUGUUGACGGUGAACAAAAGCACUUUUGAGCGGUCUCCAUCUUUCAAAGAGCUCUUCGAAAAUAUGCGAUUGGUCUUAGAUGAUAAUGACGAGCCUUCCAAUUGGAAGCGGCUGCCAAGCGAAACGUCCCUCAAGGCUAGGAAAAAUGCAGCUGAGGGUAAUAGUAGUAGCCACGCAUUUAAUAGUCUUGCAUCUCCGAAGCGGCCUACUGCACAUUUUAAGUUGUCAAACUCGCAGGCUACUAUUAAUACUUUGGAUCAUCCUAUGACUUACGGAACAGAGGAAGUUUCCGCUGUCUGUCCGCCCUUGUGUUCUUUAGCUGCCUGUACAAUAAAUGAGAGCGUUGAAGAAUCACAAAUGAAAGAAACGAGGAGCAAUGCCGGCCGUUCUCCUAUUAACCAACAAAAUAGAGGUUCGGCUUUCAAGGUUGUCAAUCAUUCUCCCUCUAAGAUAAUUGGCAUCAACUCAAGACCUGCUCCAUCAAAAGAGGAUGGUCUCGAAGAUCACCUAACAAGGGACAGCGUUGAAAUGCCCUCACCGACGGUCAAGAGCACUAAGCACAAGCUGUUCGAAAUGAGCAAUCAAUCUGACGACAACAUAGAUGAUGAGAUGGAGUUCUUUACGCCUUUAGAGGUUCAAAAUGAUAAGUUUGUUAACAGGGACCAGAUACUAAGCAACCAUCAGGUAGAAACUAAAACUACUUCAAUCUUAAGACAUGAAGAAAGGCUGAGCGAAAUCGAGUGUGCCAAGGAAAGCGAAAGGCUGGAGCCGGUUUACACACCAAUCUUGGACGACCCUGAUUUUAGUUCUUUCCAUAUGACGUUUGAUGGUAAUGAUGAAACCCAAGAGUCACUGAAUCACGAAGAGCUCUUACCUAUGGGGAGCAGUGGCUUACAGAGGCAACCUACUUACCAGCUAGAGCCUGUAUUUUACCGAUUGCCCGCGAUUGAAAAGUCCAAUGACACAUUUUUUACUUGCUCAGACGAAAAUGCAGGCAAAAACGGGCAAAGGGGAAAUUUUCAACCUUCGUUGGGCGAGGAGCAAGAAGAGGCUAUCUGGAUUUCUCCUAGCAAGCUUGACAUGUUUGAUUUGAGCAAGCUACCCGAUUCGGUGUUUUUUAAAAUAGACCCCGAGAAAUAUCGAGUGAUCAACAAAAAACCUCAUGUCAAAUGCCCUCGACCUACAAUUGAGGACCAGCCUCUUUUGUCCGACUCUUCAUACGCCUACUUGAGUUCCCUGCUGAUGAACGAGGACUAUAGCACUAAAGUUGGAGAUGAUUAUGAAGUUGCCGAUAAAAAAUCUGGACCUACUCGUCUCUCAUUUCAAAACUAA